AUGGCACGAACCGGCGGCGACCAACCGUACUUCAACAACUACGGCGCCGGAACACAUGAGCAGAUGAUGAACCAAGUACCAUCAGUCUUCAGUCCUGGCAGCGGUCUGGAAAGUCUUGGCAUGCCCGAACACGCCACUUACUCGCAAAAUCAAACCACUUCGAUUCAGACCACACACCAACGGAACGGACCGAACUUCCCCUAUCCGAACUUCGCCUCUUCAGCCCAGCAAACCACGCUUCCGACUUCUCCAACCUUCCCUGUGGCGACAGCGUCAUAUCACGUUCCGACUCCUGAUAACACCGCACAGCCUCCUUACUAUCAACAAGGGGCUGGCUGGGAACAACAACAACAACCACCUCCUACAAGCGCCGUUUCAGCACCUCUGGCCGUGACGUCCUACGAAUUCGCGCCAUCGCAUGAUAUCUCGGAUCCUUACCUCGGUGGCGGUAACACUUACGGAUCGCCACCUGUCCUCCAGAGCCCAGUGCAGCCCGGUUUUGGUUUCUCGUGGGCAAACGGUUGCCCUCCGAACGGCCUUGGACCGAACACGCCUUCUCAAGGGGCCUUAGUGUCACCGACUGCAAGAACAUUUGGAUCGAUCAGCGCGCCAUCCGAAACUGGGUUCUCGGAUAACUCGGACGGCGUCACUUACGCAAACGUCAACGAGAGAGCCGGUCAGCAGCAGCAGCAGCAGCAAAACCAACAACAAAAGCAGCAACGGCAGCAACAUGAAUGGAUUCUAACUACUACCGAAACGAUCGAAGGCAAGAACGAGCAGGGUUCGUGGAAUAAUGGCGAAAGGAAGGCCUCGAGUCAGAGCAUGACACCCAUAUCUCGCGGAUCGCCGUUCAACACAGCGGCAGCAUUGGCGGCAUUGCCACCAGUGCAAGAAGGUGGUGUCAAGACCAGGAAGAACGAAACUGGAUCCGCAUCUACCACCGCUAGCAGAAACAAAGGAAAAUUACGAAGCGCCUCCCGGGCUCCGAAGAACAUCCAGCCGCGACCGGAAGAAACGCCAGAAGAGCGAAAGUCGCGCAACUCCCACAACCUGGUCGAGAAGCAAUACCGCAACCGACUCAAUGCUCAAUUCGAGAGUCUCCUGGCCGUGCUCCCGGACUCUUUGCGCUCUUCGAUGACCAUGAUGGGUGGCGCUGGCGGGGACUCGGACGGUGUCAACGGCAAUCGUGGUGGUAGCGUCAUUCCAGGCCAACACCCAUCGCUUGACUUCAGCAUUGAGCGGCGUCUGAGCAAGGCGGAGGUGCUGGAUAUGUCGAGGCGGUAUAUAUUGACAUUGGAAAAGGAACGGGAUACGCUGGAGAAGGAGAAGGAGCAGUUACUGCAUAGCAUUGACCAGUUGAGGCAUGGUCAACAGCAUGAUCAUCAUCUUCAACACGGACAACACGGUCACGGCGCUCCUGCUGUGUACAUGAUGGAUAGGAAUGGGGUACUGAUAGGGCAUGGACAUAUGAGAGGAGUUGGUGGUUGA